UCCCCUCCAUAUCAUGUGAUUCAGGUGUUCCAAUCCCCUCCAUAUCAUGUGAUUCAGGUGUUCCAAUCCCCUCCAUAUCAUGUGAUUCAGGUGUUCCAAUCCCCUCCAUAUCAUGUGAUUCAGGUGUUCCAAUCCCCUCCCAAUCAUGUGGAUUCAGGUGUUCCAAUCCCCUCCAUAUCAUGGGAUUCAGGUGCUCCAAUCCCCUCCAUAUCAUGUGAUUCAGGUGCUCCAAUCCCCUCCAUAUCAUGUGAUUCAGGUGUUCCAAUCCCCUCCAUGGACACAGGUGUAUACAAUCAAGCCCCUAGGCAU